AGCAUGAGUUUGGUCCUACCAAAUGUCAGGCAAGGAAACACCUCAACGACAGAGUGCACGGCUUGCUCGAAAGAGGCGAGACACUCCUCUUGCCACUGCAGCCCUGGUGACUCCUGCGAAGCCUACUAGAAGGAGAGCUUCUACACCAUCUACGAGGGCGACAUCUACGCCCAUGAGGAACGGCAAAGGCAAUCAGGAGGGCCACACGCAGGAGUCGCCAUAUGCCAAGAGAAGGCUGAAGUGGCAGGCGAGUUUAGGGCAGUCUUUUAGGGAUCAGUCGGAUAGCGAUGACGAGGCGGGUGUUGCCGAGAAGACGGAGGAAAGGGCACGUAAGCGGCGUAGGUUUAGGAGUGGGGUACAGACUCAGGAGGAGGAGAGCCCUUGUGAGGAGCUGGAGGGGUCUGUGGAGGCCGAGGAAGAGACAGAGGAGGGUUCUGAUGAUGAUGGUGAGAGCGACUCGUCUGAGAAGCGACAGGAGGAGAUCCGCAAGCUGAGAGCAGUGGAGGCGGAUCUGACUAGGAAGUUAUUCGCAAUGAGGAGUGCCGCUUCGCCAGGGGUGGAGGAGGAGUCUGACCACGAUGACGGCAGCCAUCCUUACCAUGGUGUGGCUCCUCCUCCCUCUUCGAGGGCUCCUGGCCUGCCGAGGCUCAAGUCGAGCAACUUCGACACAAGCUCGAUCGAGGGCAGCGGCGAUGAUAGCGAUGACGAUUCGGAGGACAGCUUCUUCGUACCAGAUGAUGAUGAGGGGGAGGAAAUGAGGCCAACACCUAUCCAGGUGGACGGGCCGAUCAGCAUGGAAGCGGCGCCUCACUGGAGGGAAACAAUACCGAGCCACUGGCCUGUAUGGUUCCGGCAAGAGGUGAGAUCUACCCCUACCGAGGUAGAGGCUGCGGCAGAGGUAGCAAGGUGCAUCGUCGGUCGGGGUAAGCUUCGACACACGAAUGGGUCUGCAUCGGCAUUGGAGAAGGUCUGUGCCACAUGUCUCGAUUACGAUAAGGACUUCUGGGGUGGCCUUACUACUCCUGUUCUUACAGCCCCUCAUGGGCCACAUCGUCGUAGUGUCCUACAUGGGCUCGCCCUGCGAGAUUGCGCUGACACUGUUCGGAACAUACUCUGGGAGCUCCGUGGAACAUGUGUGUCGAUAACCCCGGCCAGGCUGCGGGAUCGCUACGGCUUGACUCCCCUUCACUUGGCGGCUAUGAACCCCACCUUCGAUGGGAAGGGCAUCCGAAGCCUCCUCAACUUAUUCGCACCUAAUUUGCAAUUCGAGAUGGACAAGGAAUAUCGCUCGAACGCUCUGCAGCUGGCCCUAUUCCGGCCUGAUGUUGUCGUUGCUGCCACCUUACUCGCUGGUGUAAAGGGCAGCGACAGACGGAGGCUGCUCAAGUCAAGAGCAUUCGCCGAAAGGCGCUCUGCGGUGCUGAUCGCGGCAGCCGAGAGGUCUGUAGAGAAGUUGACCAUGUUGAGGCCUGCGGACUAUAAGGAGAUUGACGGCCAAGGCAAUACGGCGCUACACUUGGCGGCUGGCUCUCCGGCAGCUGUACGAUAUCUGGUCAAGUACGGCGUAUGCGGCUUCAACUGUGUGGUUAAGGACACGGGAGUUACUCCAUUGCAUAUGGCGGCUGUGGAAGGAUCGGCACUGGGCGUAGCGCAGCUUAUUGAGCUGGGAGCUGAUGCCCAUAUGUGUGACACCUCGGGUUGGCCGCCUCUCCUUUAUGCCCUACAAUGUGUGGAGUCGGAAGAUGCCGGUGCUGAUGCAGUGGAGGUUCUUCUUCGUCACGAUACGGCUCAGCCGGGCUUCCCGCAGCUCUCGGUUAUCAAGGAUUUGCUCAAGAAAGACCCUAACCGGACAAGGCCCCGAGUGGUUCGGCUGAUGCGGUUUGUGUGCGAACGUCCACCCUUCUUCAAGAUGCUCAACGACUUCCUACGACCACGGCUGGAGCUUUUGCUGCCUGGACAGCCUCUGGCCUUUAUUUUAAGGGCUCGCUCGGUGGAGCCCUUCGCGGCUGCUCUUGACAUGGAGAACAAGAUGAGGCUUUUGAGUAUGUCAGUGAGCCAGGCCCGGCCAUCGUUCGUGCCGGUUAUGAAGUUCAAGUGCCUCCGAGGGCCCCACUUCCUCCAAGAGACAGUGAAGAGGGUCCUUACCUUUGAUAGCAGUCAGAUGAGGUGGGGCAACCUCAGUGUGAGUUGGUGCAACGAACGAGGGUCUUGCCUUGGACCUGAGCGGGAGAUGUGGACUUGCAUCUUUGACGAUUUGCCUGACUUCGCCUUUGAGAGGAGCGACGAUGGUCGGCUACUACUGCCUAGAAGGGACGUCGACCUUGAGGUCUUCGUGGGCAUCGGGAGGCUGCUGGCCAUGGCACUUCUCCAUCACAUUGGCAUGAGACUACCCCUGCAUAGGUCUGUUGUAGAGGCUCUGAAGAAGGCAGACCCGUUCGAGCCGCCGAGUAUGGAGGAGCUGUGGGAGUGGUUGAAUGUAUGGUCGCCUACUUUCCACAACAGUAUGAAAUACCUACAGGAUAACGACCUCACCGGCCUUGAGGAGGAGCUGUGCUUGUCUUGUGGUGAAGAUAACAAGGAGGAGUACAUACUGUGUCAGUUGACUGAGAAAGUUCACAGGCCGGCAGCAGCCGCAGCGCUGAAGAGGGGGAUGAGAGACGUCCUCAAGUCCUAUGAGCUCAGGCUGUUCUCUUCCGACGAGCUCGCUGUUAUCUUACACUCUGGAGGUGACACGCCUCUUGAUUUGGCUGAUUGGAAGGCCCAUACGCACUACGAAGGCUACGAUGCCUCGUCAGCGCAAAUCUUGUGGUUUUGGAAACUGCUCCAUGGUCUUAGUGACGGUGAAGUCCGUUUGGUGUUGCUGUUCGCUACGGGGCUUACAAGUGUUCCCCUCGGUGGCUUUGCCGAAUUACGUUCCCUGAGUAACUCCGCACCAGGCUUUAGAAUUGUCAGAACCGCAAUAGGCGACCCCAAUUGCCCCGAUCUCCCUCGAGCCUCUACCUGCUUUAACCAGCUCACUCUGCCGGCCUAUGACAAGGAGAAAACUCUGUGUAUGAAGCUGAUGACUGCAGUACGAUUAGGUUCCAAAGGAUUCGAGUUUGCAUAGUAGCAUUUAUGUCAGUUAUUCG